CUUGUAAACAUUGCGGUGCUGUAGCUGUAUCUCUUGACCAGGAAGAAGGUGUGAGGAAGAACUUUUCAUUCUGAAUAAUCUGUCAGAUGUGUAACCAUGGGUGUCAAAGGAUUACAAUACUUUAUGGAAACUUAUCCAGAGACAUGCAUUCAUGUGGACUUGAGACAGAUGGCUGCAGCUCAUGCCAGAGCUCAUCCUGGUAUAACCCCUACAGUUGUAGUGGAUGGUCUGGCCUGUUUAAGGUAUUGGUAUAGAUGUCAAUCCUGGGUCCAUGGGGGUCAGUGGCAGGAGUACAUGCAUUUUCUGCAAGAAUUUGUGGAUGCAUUUAAAAAGGCUGGUUUAAGAUUGGUCGUCUUCUUUGAUGGAACUGUAGAGGAACAAAAGCGGGCAGAAUGGGUGAAGAGACGCCUAAGAGUCAACCAGGACAUAUGCAGAGUGUUUCAAUACAUAAAGAAUCACGAACAGCAGCCAGAUAGAGAAAUGGUUUGUCUCCCCUCAGGACUGGCCACCUUUUCCAGGUUUGCACUCAAAUAUCUUGGCCAAGAAACAUUUUGCUCUGUUCGUGAAGGAGACUAUGAGAUUGCUGAAUAUGCCCUUCAUAAUAACUGCAUAGGUAUUCUUAGCCAGGACACAGACUUUGUUAUCUAUGACACAGUUCCAUAUCUGUCCCUUUCUAAACUUAAAUUAGAAAAUAUGAACACGGUGCAGUUGUGCAGAGAAAAACUGUGUCAUAUCCUGAAGCUUCAGAAGUCUGAUCUUCCUCUCCUAGCUUGCAUUCUUGGUAAUGACAUUGUGCCAGAGCAUCGAUUGCAGAAUCUCCGUAAACAUACAUUGACCUUGUAUGGCAAGAAACAUCAAGGUGACAAGGUCUUCGCUGUGGCAGAUUUUAUUAACAAACAUCGUUCUAACAGCAAUGGAGCAUGUAGCAUCCCUUUAAUGCCUUUGUCGAAAGCAGACAAGGAGAUUGUAGAAAAAGGAAUCCAGUCAUAUCUUCUCCCAGGACAAAGUUCUCCUUGGUUAGAGCAUGACUCAGCUUUUUUCUCAGAGCCAGUGUGUGCGAUGGAAAAAUAUGUGAACAAAGAGUUAUUACAGGCAGCAAAGAAGAAGCAUGUGCAAGCAGAGUGUUUUAUGAUCUAUAACGUGCUAAAAGAUGGGAUUGUUGAGUGCAGCAAUACACUGGAAAGUGAAGAACUAGGGGUUACACCACAGGCUAUUUUAUUUCAGCCCGUCAGAGAGCAUAUCUACAGUAUUCUACUGCCUGGUUCAUUUGAGGAAACAUUGUCUGUGAAGGAAUGGUUUGUUUUUCCAGGAAAUCCACUUAAAGAGCCAAAUAAAGUGUCUCCAACACCACUAAAUCUUCCAGAGGGAGCUCCAGACCUUAUGGCUCUGUGGUUUGGAAAUGACUCAGAGAUGAAAAGUAUCCGCGUGUCUACUUUCCUGGCUGUUUUUGAUCUACAGGACCUCACUCAAGACCUGGAUCAUUUUGACACCCCUCUGAUUGCUGUGAUUUGUCUUGUGACAUACAUAGCCAUUCAGGCUAAACAUGUUUCUGUAGAAGACAUAGAUGCAUAUCUAGCACAAGCUGUCUGUAUCAGAUAUAAGUCCUAUGCAGAACUGCAACAGACUAUGGUUCCUGAGGUGGACCCAAGGGCUGUCCAGCUAGGCUCACUAUUCGUACGGGGCCUGACCUAUCUUAUUGCAGCCAAUAGUGCCUGUGGUUUUCCAUUCCCAAUGAGUGAAAUUAUGCCCUGGAAAGUUUUUGAUGGCUUGCUCUUCCAUUCUAAGUACCUACAGGCUCAUUCUGAUUGUCCUAAAGAAGAGCUUAUGGAGAGAAAUCCCGAAUGGACAGCACUCUUUCUCACACUGAGAAAUCUGGUGCUUGAAGCCUGCAGGAGGCAUGGCUCCACUCUCUCCAGCCAACCAUGCAGAGUCCAGCAAGUGAGGCCUAUCGUUGCUGACUCAGAGAGAGAGAGUGUACCUCAUUUUUUUAGCACCUCGGACUCGUACGACAGGCAGCAACCCAGGGGUUUAACCUUCCACAUGCAAGGACAUGGUAAUAGACCUAGAUCAAGACAUCCCAACAGAAGAAGGUAUCACCUUGCUCCAAGAUGGCCGCUUUAUGAAAACCAAAGACAGACUUUCCACUGACUCAAGAGUGCAAGAAAAAUUAUUAUGUAAGGAUUUGAUGCAACAUGAAAUUUUGUUAGGCACUGCAACACUAAAAUCAGAACUUCUUGAUCUUCUUUGGUCUAAAGUAUUUGUUGCAGUGCCUUCAGAUGUGUUUUGAGUCAUUAUCCUGUUGCAGUAUACAAACCAGAGGGUACGAAAUGUUCCUGAAUAAUAGCAUGUCUCCUGUUCAUCUCAUUCAUAUAUUUUCCCCCACCUUACAUUCAUCUGGUAGGACCUCCUACUGACUCUGACUACUGCCAUGUAGGACUACUGCCAUGUAGUCACCUGUGAGAUGUUUGUAUGUUUUAUCCCAUAUCAUGUAUUUUGCCUUGUUAACUAUCUUUAGAAGUGGUAUACUACUGUGCAGUUUUCCACCACUACUAUGCAGGCUUCUCAUUACCCUUGUUUUGCUGAUUGAAGUAACUUACUAUUUGUUCUGUAUUUAAUCUGUACCUGUGCAGAGGUUGCUGUUCUGUUUGUUAGUGAAGUAAAGCUUUAUGUUUUCUGAUUGUAUUGUUGCUGUUAGUCUGCUUGAUAGGGGUUUGGGUACAAAUGAUCCAGUCAUAGUAACAUGUUUUGGAGUGCCGUGCUCGUUAGAAACCUUUGAUUUGGUAAAUAUUUGAUGCUCAGAAUGCUCCUCUUUGCUCAGAGACUAUUUGACACAUUUUCUUAAUUCUGAUGUCAUAAUUUUUCCCAUCACACUACUUAAUUAGUAUAAAUUAUUAUUGUAAAACAAUACAUGUGGGACAGUGGUAGCCUAAUGGGUAGGGCUUUGGGCUAUCAACUAAAAGGUUGAGAGUUCGGAUCCCAGCUCUGUUUGGGCCCUUGAGCAAGGCUCUUAACCUUCUCUGACCCCAGCUUCCAAACAAACUGGGAUAUGUGAAGUAAGAAAUUCAUUGUACUGUACACCUGUAUAUGUAUUCAUGACAAAUCAAGGCAUUCUAUUCUAUUCUAAAAACCAAAAGUGUAGCCAUAUUUAUAGUAGAUAAACAAUGGCUACAAAUGUAUUAACUUAAAUGAGUAAGUAAAUCAAAUACAUCCAAUGUAAAAAAAAAAUUGUAAGACAUUAGAAGAAACUAAAGAAGUUAUAGCAUGGUAAUCAAAAAGAAUAAACAAGUUUCAGAUGUUGUAUCAUUCUAUUACUAAGUAGCGCUUGACCAUAGAAGACUAGCUUUGCUGUGCUUCUUUAAACAGUCUAAAGGAAAUAGAAUAUGGAGAAUGUUCCACAGUUCUUCCUCUCAUCUACACAAAAUGAAGCCAACAGUGGAAUUAAAAACAGUACUAUAUAAACACAUGCUCUGCCCCUGGCAUGCGUAAAACAUGUAUCUUUAGCAGGAAGUAUAGGCCAUGCGUUUAUUUGACAAAAAGAUGAGCAGAUUGUAUAUUAUACACUGAUAUCUAAUGCAAACUUAUAAAACAAAGUAGACAUAUAAUAACAAUAUAAAUGUAUUAUGUAUUAUAAGGAGCAGCCUUUUCCUUAAGAUGACAUUUAAUUUGUUUUAAAGUGCUGUUACUAACUGUUUGUGGUAGGAUGGACCAUUCUGCAAAAUAAAAUAUUUUUCACCGUC